CCCUCCAGCCCCGAGCCAGGAGCAGCUCUCUGUACCGGGAGAGGCACAGAGCACUCGAGCUAUUUCAGCCACAUGAAAAGCAUCAGAAUUGAGAUCGCAGCUCAGAGGACACCGGGCGUCCCUUCCACCCUCCAAGGAGCUUUGUAUUCUUGCACCUGGCUGCCUGGGACUUUCCUCAGGCAGUAAACAAAUACAGAAAGCAGGACUAAGACUGCCUGAAUAUGUCGAAACAGCCAGUUUCCAAUGUCAGAGCCAUCCAGGCAAAUAUCAAUAUUCCAAUGGGAGCCUUUCGGCCAGGAGCUGGGCAACCCCCCAGAAGAAAAGAAUGUACUCCUGAAACCGAGGAGGGAGCUCCUCCCACCUCAGAUGAGGAGAAGAAGCCAAUUCUGGGAGCUAAGAAACUUCCAGGACCUGCGGUCAACCUAUCGGAGAUCCAGAAUAUUAAAAGUGAACUGAAAUAUGUCCCCAAAGCUGAACAGUAGUUGGCAGAAAAAGGCUUGAUGUGAAGAAUUAAAAAUGAAGAGAGUGGAUUCAAAUGAAUAUAGCUCAAUAAAAAUUUUUCUAUAUUUGUAUGAAGAUUAUGAACCUCCUGAAUGCCUGAGACUCUAGCAGAAAUGGCCUGUUUGUACAUUUAUAUCUCUUCCUUCUAGUUGGCUGCAUUUCACUUUAAUUUAUCUUCAUUUGUGGCAACUUGCAGAGGAAAUCAGCCCAUAAAUUCGCCACCUGAAGGGUGUGGUUUUGAGGAGGGAUAUGAUUUUAUGGAGCAGGAUAUGGCAAUGUGUGUAACAGCGAUUUUGAUGGAAAGAUCUCUAAGCUACUUCCCACAGUCUCUUGGUCAAUAUUUGGAAUGCAUUUUAGUUCUUCACCUUUUAAAUUAUGUCAAUAAACUUUUUAUGAGUUCAAAUAAA